AUGCAAGAUGGCAUGUUAACUAAGGGACACAUGAAACAUUUAUCAAUCCAAUUUAGAGUUCACAAGUCAACAACCAGUAGAGUUUUCACUGACAUUAAAAAGCAAAUGACACAGGGGAAUAUGAUAGAUGUCAGGACUAAAAAGUAUGGGAGAACUGGUCCAAAGCCAAGGGAAUUUUCAAACGAAUUCCUACAGUCAGUUCCUCUGUAUCUGAGGCAAACUGAGAGAAGUUAUAAAGCUACCCUGAAUAUUUCACAUGUAACUCUUCACAAUUUGAAGAAAAAGGGGAGGCUCAGGACACAUACAUGCAGCAACAAACCUGCUCUCACAGCAGAUCACAAAGUGGCUAGACUCAAAUGGGUACUGUCACACAUUAACCCUGUCACAGCAGAAGGGGACCCCACUUUUGUUGCAAUGGAUCAAGUCAUACACAUAGAUGAAAAGUGGUUUUACCUCAAUCCUGACAAGAGAAGAUUUUAUCUCCUUCCAGGUGAGGAAGACCCUUAUAUGGCACAACAGUCAAGGAGAUUCAAGCUAAAGGCAAUGUUUAUGGCCUUAAUAGGGAAGCCACUGUAUGACACAAGUGGGGGACUCAUACAUGAUGGGAAGUAUGCCAUAUUCCCAUUCACAGUCAAAGAGUUAGCAAAGAAAUCAAGCAAAAACUGA